AGCCUUUAAGCAAAAUUUCUCAUUGGGACCUAAUUCUAAAAACUGGUAAAAUUCGAGGGCCUCUAACGCAAAAAAUCCCAUUGGGACCAUUACACGGGUCACGAGUCACGGCUCAUGCGACGACGACAUUACCCAUUGCGCCCAUAACCUCCCGUCAAGCUAUAUCUCCAUUUCGGAUGCAUCGUUGCUAAACCUUUGCAUUUCCCCGAUAAAAGCCAUACUCGAAAUUCGUUGGUUUCAAUUUCGCCCACCAAUCGCAUUCAUGUAAUAAAAAGAAGCUUAUAGUCCCAAAUUACAAGCGUUUAUGUCGUUCUCGAUCUAGAUCUAGUGCUGGAAUUUCUUCUGUUGAAAAUUUGAUUAUAUACGACGGUGUUUUAUUCCAAAUUAAGGUUGAUCUGGUUGAUUAGGGUUUCAGAUCUUUCCAAUUUGAAGUAAGAAUCUCUGUCCAUGUUCCUAAUUUUUGUUUAAUUGCAAAGAGAAUCGAGGAAAUUAAGCUUUUUAGCCUUUCCAUUCUACUUUUUUCUUAGGAAUCAAAUGUUUGGUUAGGGAUUUAGGGUUUUUUUGAAUAUCGUGGAGGUCAACAAAAAUGUCUGUAAAAGUGGCACAAUCUUCUAUUAGAGAUCGGACGCAAGAAUUUCAGAGCGUAGCGGGGCGGUUAAGGAAGUCGUUCUCAUCUGGGCCAGGCCAAAAUGGGCCGAGUAGCAGUACGUCGAGAGCGGAGGAACAGAGAUCUGUGGCUGCGCAUCAAUCGGAAUUUAAUAGGAGGGCUUCUAAGAUUGGAUUUGGGAUUCAUCAGACUUCACAGAAGCUUUCAAAGUUAGCAAAAUUGGCCAAGAGGACUUCAGUUUUUGAUGACCCUACAAUGGAAAUCCAAGAACUCACUGCUGUUAUCAAGCAGGAUAUCACUGCCCUUAAUUCCGCUGUGGUAGAUCUUCAGCUUUUCUGCAAUUCUAGAAACGAAGUUGGUGUCUCCAGUGACACAUCUAGUCAUUCAACCACAGUCGUAGAUGACUUGAAGAAUCGAUUGAUGAGCACCACAAAAGAGUUCAAAGAAGUCCUCACCAUGCGAACAGAGAAUUUAAAGGUUCAUGAGAAUAGAAGACAGUUAUUUUCUUCCUCUGCUUCAAAGGAUUCUCCAAAUCCUUUUGUACGUCAGCGCCCCCUGGCUGUCAGAGCAGCGGCUGGAGCUUCAAACAACCUUCCUCAAUGGGCUAAUGGGUCUGCAUCUUUUUCUCAGUUGCUUCCUAGAAAGCAGAUGGAUGGGGAGAGUCAGCCAUUGCUCCAGCAGCAACAGCAGCAGCAACAAAUGGUUCCAUUGCAAGAUAGUUACAUGCAGAGCAGAGCUGAAGCUCUUCAAAAUGUAGAAUCCACUAUUCAUGAGCUAGGCACCAUCUUCAACCAGCUGGCUACUCUAGUUUCUCAGCAAGGAGAGAUAGCUAUCAGGAUUGAUGAGAACAUGGAUGACACCUUAGCAAAUGUGGAGGGAGCGCAGGGAGCUUUGCUCAAGUACCUAAACAGCAUAUCAUCUAACAGGUGGUUGAUGAUCAAGAUAUUUUUUGUAUUGAUUUUUUUCCUUAUGGUUUUCCUAUUCUUUGUGGCAUAGUCAACAAAGUGAGAUGGCUGAUUGAAAAGAGAAAAAGAAAAUGAUAGUGCCUUUCCACACUGUUCUAUUCUUUUCAUAUAUACCAUCUUUUUGCUUUAAGCCACCACAAUCCAGUCCUCCAGAGUUGUGAUCGGACGAGAUGACUGAUUGAAAAGAGAAAAAGAAAAUGAUAGUGCCUUUUCAUACUGUUCUAUUCUUUUCAUAUAUACCAUCUUUUUGCUUUAAGCCACCACAAUCCAGUCCUCCAGAGUUGUGAUCGGACC